AAAUUAAGGCAUCCAUCACGGAGCAGCUGGCAGGCAGCGCAGAGGACAGCCCUGAGAAAUACAAAUACAGCUGGUGUCACCCAGAGGCGAAGCUGGGAAAGCUUUAUGUGGGAAUGCUUUCUGGAAAGGGAUGCACAGGGCACUGUGUGUGGUGGGUAUGGCCAGGCAGCAGCCCAUCUCCAGAGAAGGUACGAGGGAAGCACAGAAGGAUGGGCCAUACAGUGCUCCCCAGGACAUGAUCCCAGCCCCCAUAACUUGUGCUUUGGUCUCAGGGUUGUGUAGCCUUGUUUCCAGCUUGGGAUGUCUGUUGUCUGGGGCUUUUUUUAACCACAACUCACAGUGCCACUCAGAAAAAAAACAGCCUUUGGUGAGCAUUAGGAGCCAUCUGAGCGGUGCAAUGCAUUGUGCUCCCAUUCCACAGCCCUCAGCUGUCAUGCUUGGAACAGGUGGUGUAAGUCAAUCCCUGGGCAGUAGCGCUUCCCGCCCCCCCAGGCCGACCUUAAAGGCGCUGUGUGUGCCCCGGCUCCGUAGUACUGAGAGGAGCUGGCUCAGGUGAUGGAGCUCUGCCGUGUGCUGCUCCUGAUCGUCUCCGCAGUUGGGCUGACCCUGUGCUAUGAGCAUGAGACACGUCUGGUGGACGACCUGUUCCGGGACUACAACAAGGUGGUGCGCCCUGUGGAGAAUCACCGCGAUGUCGUUGUCGUCACUGUGGGGCUGCAGCUCAUUCAGCUCAUCAAUGUGGAUGAAGUAAAUCAGAUUGUAACAACCAACGUACGCCUGAAGCAGCAAUGGACAGACAUCAACCUGAAGUGGAACCCAGAUGACUACGGUGGCGUGAAACAAAUCCGCAUCCCAUCAGAUGACAUCUGGCGCCCGGAUCUUGUCCUGUAUAACAAUGCAGACGGUGAUUUUGCCAUUGUUAAAUACACCAAGGUCCUUCUGGAACACACAGGAAAGAUCACCUGGACACCUCCUGCUAUCUUCAAAAGUUACUGUGAAAUUAUAGUCACGUACUUCCCAUUCGAUCAGCAGAACUGUAGCAUGAAGCUGGGAACGUGGACAUAUGAUGGUACAAUGGUGGUUAUCAACCCGGAGAGCGAUCGCCCUGACCUGAGUAACUUCAUGGAGAGCGGUGAGUGGGUGAUGAAGGACUACCGUGGCUGGAAGCACUGGGUUUACUAUGCCUGCUGCCCUGACACCCCCUACCUGGACAUCACGUACCACUUCCUCAUGCAGCGCCUGCCACUCUACUUCAUUGUCAACGUCAUCAUCCCCUGCCUGCUCUUCUCCUUUCUGACCGGGUUUGUUUUUUAUCUACCCACAGACUCAGGUGAGAAGAUGACCCUCAGCAUCUCUGUCUUGCUGUCACUGACUGUGUUCCUGCUGGUCAUUGUGGAGCUGAUUCCCUCCACCUCCAGCGCGGUGCCUUUGAUAGGCAAAUACAUGUUGUUUACCAUGGUGUUUGUCAUUGCUUCCAUCAUCAUCACGGUCAUCGUCAUCAACACCCACCACCGCUCCCCCAGCACUCACACCAUGCCACCCUGGGUCAGGAAGAUCUUUAUUGACACAAUCCCAAACAUCAUGUUCUUCUCUACAAUGAAACGACCAUCCAGGGAUAAACCAGACAAGAAAAUGUUUGCAGAAGAUAUUGAUAUUUCAGAAAUUUCCGGGAAGCAAGGCCCUGUGCCUGUCAAUUUCUACUCCCCGCUUACCAAAAAUCCAGAUGUGAAAAACGCUAUAGAGGGAAUCAAAUACAUUGCGGAAACGAUGAAGUCAGACCAAGAAUCCAGUAAUGCGGCUGAUGAGUGGAAGUUUGUUGCGAUGGUGCUCGAUCAUCUUCUCCUUGUAAUAUUUAUGCUAGUCUGUAUUAUUGGAACACUAGCUGUAUUUGCUGGUCGGCUUAUUGAAUUAAAUCAGCAAGGGUGAACAUCAAAUGGAAACUAUUCACUGCCUGGGCUGGGACUGGAAAGCAUCUUAACUGUUAAAACCUGGCCAGCCAUGGAAGUUCCCCUGGGACUGAGCAGGGAUACUAAGGUGUGCUUAGCACUUCAGAGCUUCUGCUUGGUGCCAUUUCACUGCUAAAAUGACAUGGUUGCUCUACUGCUAGGCUGAAUGGCUGUCAGCCAGAUUUGGGUCCAUUUUACCAUUUAUUGGAAAUGUUAACAUGUCACUAAGACUGUCUGACUUUGUUAUCCACAAAUAUGAUUCUAGUGACAUCAAUAGCAGCAACAGUAUCUGAGCUGUAAAUCUGUAUUCAACUUCAGAGCAGCUUUCAAGCUGGUUUCAAUAUCUGCUCUGUGGUUUUUGUAUUGGCAGCGCCACAAAUGCCUUUUCUUGUAACACUGGCUGUAACCAGCAGAAAUUUCUCAAGCUCCUUGGUUAGAGCACCUGAUUUCUGCAUACAACUCAGAAGUGACUGACUCGUGUGUGACUCUACCUGCAGAACUCUUGGUCCAGCAAAGAGGGGACUUUCCUCAUUGUUAAAUGGAUCCACUGUCGUUUCUCGCUAUGCUGGCCCAAAGUAAAGGACAUGCUGAAGAUUUUUCACCCUUCUUUAUCCCCCAGCUCUGCUCUGUGGCCACACAACUAACGUGCAGACGGAGAGCAAGCAUACCUCGGUGCUCCUUUCACACUUAGUGAUGAGUAAUGCGAGGGCAGCUUUUCCUUUGGGGGUGCUCGGUACGAUCGAUCGGAUCAGCACCUCCUGCCCUGCUGGAAUGCAUCGCGAGCAGCAGGAUGGCACAGAGCAGCAACGACCAUUCCGAUGGCAGCGUGCAUGACGAAAGGAUCGGACCUCCCCCUUCGCAUCGGCCUAUUCAACAGAGCUUCCUUCAAACGUUGAGCAGCAGCUCACUCUAGUGACAAAAGCGGGUAGUUGCUUUCGUCCGAGAACAACUGAUCCCGCAAUGGUGGUUGGAUAUUUUUCAGUACAUAUUCAACCCAAGGAACAAGCCUGUGUUUGUUUCAGUAGUAUAGUGUGGAAGUUCGAGUAGUUCUGCCUGUUAUUCUCAGAAGCAGAUAAGCAAAAGUGAAGCAAAUGAUAGAAAUCCCCCAUGUUUCCAAGCCAGCUGCCCAAACCAGCAGGACCACUUUGCUAACAUCAGUAAAAACAGUUGCUGUGAGUUCAAUAAAAUAACGUGUUUAAUGUC